GCUGAAACUUACUGGCCGAGUCUCAACUCCUUUCCGUCAUAACGUUCUUUGCACUUCACAAGAUGGUAUUCAUCAAAGGCUUCAGAUUUGACAAACACAAGAUCGCAACUCGAUACCGAGACAAAGUAGACGGUCCAGACGACAUACGAGUCCAAACCAUCAUAAGACAAGUAAUGUGCGAUAUCCACGAAACGUCUGAAUACGACCUCGAUUUCCGCGUCGGGACUAUCAUUGAUGGGUCGACUAUUUUCAUUGUGUAUGAUCAAGACGACAAUCAAGCGGCGUUGGAGGCACGCGAGCUGGGACCAGUCGAGGAGUUUAUUUGGGCGGCGGAACGAGAUUUUAUAACGGGGCCGUUUGUGUGGGAGAUUGCGGACCUAUGGUAGAAGGAUCAUUGCUACUCGUGCAUCAUGUCUCAGUUAUGACACCGACACCUCGAUAGAUAUGGACUUGUUAUUGCUCAAUUGUGAAAGAAAUUCAAGGUGGAAUGGAGA